CGACGUCGCAUGAUGCUAGACUUUUUUUUUCUUUCUUGACAUUAAAGACAGACCAGAUCCUGUGAAACAAAAAGUAAGAAAGGCAGACCUUGAAGGCUUGAAGCUUUGUUCUGCAAUUUAUUUCGUAAUCAAUUUUAAUCUCCAUUUUGCUGCUUACCACCAUGACUAAGCAACUAGCUAACUGGUCUCCAUACGAUAACAAUGGAGGAUCUUGUGUUGCGAUUGCUGGCGCCGAUUACUGCGUCAUCGCCGCCGACACUCGAAUGUCCACUGGCUACAGUAUUCUCACCCGGGAGUACUCCAAAAUCUGUAAAUUAGCUGAAAAAAGUGUAAUGGCAUCUUCUGGCUUUCAAGCUGAUGUGAAAGCCCUACAAAAACAUUUGGCAGCUAGGCACUUGAUCUAUCAACAUCAACACAACAAGCAAAUGAGCUGUCCUGCCAUGGCUCAACUACUCUCCAACACUCUCUACUACAAGCGCUUCUUUCCCUAUUAUGCUUUUAAUGUUCUAGGUGGCCUUGAUAGUGAAGGAAAGGGCUGUGUGUACACUUAUGAUGCUGUUGGCUCCUAUGAGAGGGUUGGAUAUAGUGCUCAGGGUUCUGGUUCCACUCUGAUCAUGCCUUUCCUGGAUAACCAACUGAAGUCUCCCAGCCCUCUCUUAUUGCCUGCCCAGGAUGCUGUAACUCCACUUUCAGAAGUGGAAGCUGUUGACCUGGUAAAAACUGUUUUUGCAUCUGCAACUGAGAGAGAUAUUUACACUGGAGACAAACUUGAAAUUGUUAUCCUAAAUGCUGACGGUAUUCGGCGCGAGCAUAUGGAACUCAGAAAAGAUUAAUUUAACCAAAAUUCUUGUUGGUCUUGUCAUAAUUGGAGGAGGAAUUGCAUGGAUUACUCCUGGGUUGGCACUUGUCAAGGCUGAUGCUUCAGCAUUGUCAUUCUAUUGAUCAGUUAACUUUAAAUUUGCCCAACUGGAACGAUCUAUUUUCUAGUAUAGAUGUUCAGUGAGGAUGUAAUCCAUGAAUUGGAACGUGUUCAGUUGGCGUUUAAAUUUGUUGGUCCGAAAUUUUGGUUGUGUGCAAGGAUUUAAUGAAUGAAUCUUCCCCUUUGCUCCA